CUUCCCUUAUUAUUUAACUACUUCUUUUACUUGUGCAAUAUGAUUCAUAUUUAUGUUAGUUGUUUAUGGAGUUGUGAUCUAAAUUUUUUUUUAAAAAAAUCCUUAUUAGAUGCAUUUUGAUUUCAGUUUAUUAUCAUUGCUUUACUUUGUCAAUAUGCUACUUGUUUAAGCGGGUUUAGUGAUUCUUAUAUGGUCAGUUUAGUAUUAGCAAGAGGUUUGCUAUUGAUAGCUUGGUUCAUUGUUGGAUUUUUUUACGCUUUAUUGUGCGUAGGCUAGAACUUGGAUGUGUUUUGGUUGGAAUAGGAAUUUAUUUUGCUUUAUGUCCAAUGUAGGACUAUUGGAUGGUAUGAACUCAUGUGUUGGAUAAUUUUAGUUUUCGUUUUUAAAAAAAUGAUUCUUAUUGAAUUACAAUGGCUUUAUUAGAAAUAUGUAUGUUUAAGGGGUUAUGAUAAUCUUUUGAACAUUAAUUUGUAUUAUGGUUCUAUAAUGUAUUUUGUAAAUUAUUUUGUUUUUUCAUGAAAGGUUACAUGUAGUUGUUUUAUUUUAUAUUUUUAUAUUUUGAUUUUUGUUAUCAAACUCCCAUCUUUGUUAACUAUACAAAUCAUAUUGCUUCUUUUAUUUUAUUAAUGUUACAUCAAUUUACUUUGAAAUGGUAUAAAUAUAAUUUUUUAGUGUAAGUUAUAAAUAAUUUAAUCAAUAUUGUAAAAUAUAAAUAAUAAGUAUUUUAGAAAACAUGUUGUAAAAAUUAUAAGUAUUUAUCAAGUUAGAAGCAUGUGACAUAACAUAUGUUUAAAUCUCUUAAUAAAGAAUGUGAAAUGUUCAUGAUGAUGUUGAAAGCACUUUGGAUGAUAGUGUUCUAGAACUGUUUAGGGUUGAUCAUGGACAUGCUUCUACUGGUGGAGUUCGUCGCUAUUUGGAUGAAAAAGAACUACAACGUGCCCAUUUAUAUGUUUUGGGAAAUAGCGGUAUUCUGGAACCAUAUGAGAAGUAUUAAAUUUGUAAAUUAUCACACUCACUAAGAUUUCAUUGAAUUUUACAUCGUAUCCAAUGUCGACCACCUUCAUUAAUACUCUUUCUCUGGUUAUAUGGAAGGGGGUUUGAGGACCACAUUUUUUAAAUGCAACCCACUAUUCGCAAAGAAGAUGUGUGGAUUAAACAUGAAGCUGAAUUCCUCGAGUGGUUUAGGUUGAAAAUGAGUGAUUCAAGAAAAGCCAAAUGAUGAAAUAUUGUUUGCUUUGGCUAUGGGCCCAUCUAAGCGAGUGCGUACUUGGAGCCAAUUCUAUGUGAAUGGAUACAAAUUCCAAACUUAUGGCCAUGGAAAACAUAAGUCAACAAUGAAUUAUAGAGUAAGUGUAUCCAAUGAAGAUGGUGGUGAUUAUUUUGGGUUUCUAGAGGAUAUCAUCGAGUUGGAGUUCACUAGUGCCCUACGGACUUAUAAGACUGUUCUUUUCAAAGUGCAGUUGAAUGGAUUCCACUAGGGGUAUGAACAUUGAUCAAUACAAGCUUGUAGAAGUCAAUCAUACCAAAAAAUACCCCAAGUACGAUCCAUUUGUGCUUUCUUACCAAGCAAACCAAGUCUAUUAUGCACCUUACCCAAGUCUGAAAAGAGACAAGGCUCAAAGGUGGGAAGUGUUCAAGACAAAGGCGAGGUCUGUUGUUGAUGCACCAGUUGACGAAGACUUUCUACAAGAAACCAGUGCUGACAUUCCAACUCUUUGUGCUCCGGAUGACGUUCCGGACUAUGAAGGUGAUGAAGAUGGAUUUGGAGAUUCGGAUACUGAAAAUGAAGUGUUGCCUGAUGCCCCUCCAGAUGAGUCUAGUUUCAAAUCUACUGAUAGUGAGGACGAGGAUGAGGAUGACGGAUUUUGGGAUGAUGAUACCGAUGAUGAUCUUAGUGCUGAUGGGGAGGAUGAUUCAACUGAGAUUUAGGAGAUUGAUUGUAACCUUGUUUUGACUUUUUAAUUAUGUAAUCUUAAUGGAUUUCAAUUUAUUUUAAAAGACCAUCCUAGUUUCAAUGUGAUAUACUUGUGUGAAUAUGUUAUUAUUUAUAUUUUGCAAAGCCAAGGUUAUGUGUGACAAUAGCUUAUAGAUCGUGAUAUAACAUGGCUAUAUGAUUUUUACCGAUAUUCAUAAUGUUUUUCUUA